AUGCAAACCCCGUUUGCACCACCUCCACCUUUGGCACCACUUCAGAUGCCAAGUUCCAUUCCAAACCCAUUUCCCAAUGCAUUUGCCGCUUUUGCCUCUCAAAUUCGAACAAAUCAACUUCAAUCACUUUUACAAUCACAAUUAGCAGCUUUACAUAAUCAUAAUAAUAAUUCGAAUACUCCGCAACAAAAUGUGAGAAAAGUUCGAAAUGAAUAUCCGAUUCGAAAACGAGUUGGUGGAAGUACGGUUAAAACUGCAAAAGUUUGGAGAUAUUUCGAUGAACUUCCGACGGUCGAACAAGCUGCUGAAUGUCGAAUUUGUCGGAAGAAAAUUAAGGCGACUAAUAGCAGGUAGACAUUUUUUGAUGUUGUUUUAUUAUUUUUGUUGAAGAUUUGCUGGAUUUUUUGAAUUUUGAAACGAACUUUUUAAAAAUAUUCACAAAAAGUCCAGUUUUCUCAUCACCCAAUUAUUUGGGCCUCAUAUUUUUGUCUGAAAUUUAUUUUGAAAUCCACGUGUGUCAACAAUUUUUGAAGUUUUCCAUAUUUUUUUGUCAAAUCCAAAAUUUAAACAAAAUCUUCUGAACCGCAAAAAACUACGGUAUUUGUUUUUGUUUUUCUCGCCUCAAUUUUUCUUCUUUCUCAAAAUUCGAAAAAAAAAACAAUGGUUCGAACAAUAAAAUCAACCUCAUUUGCCUAUUCAACCAAUGUUUCUUGGCGCCUAAUUUUUUGUUUUUGUUUUUCUCUACAAAGGUGUUCCUCCGAAAAAUGAAUAUUUUCAGCACAACGGGGAUGAUUCGACAUUUGCGAAGUUGUCACGGACAAGAAUAUCAACUUGUUCAAGAGGCUCGACAAAGUAGUAUGAUUGUGAAAAUGGGUAAGGAAAAGGAACAACAAGUUCACAUGUGCAAAUUCUUGACAGUUAGAUACUCAAGGCGCAGCUACUUGGUAUUGAAGUUGUUAUGAUUAUUAAAGUUUAGAUUUAAAAAUUUAGAUCACACAUUUGUUUUUGAAAACCAUACACCUUAGCCGAGAAGACAUCGAAUCUCAAAACACGCAACGAAUUUCUUCGAUUACGCAAGCUAACUAGAAAACCGGUUUUCCUCCUAUUCGUUCGACUGACCAACCAAUAAGAUUUUUUCGUUUAAGCAGACAAAAAAAAGAGAAUAACAACAUAUUAAGAAGCAAAAAACUAGAUCUCAUUUUAUUAUGUAAUAUAUAGGAGAUUCAGUUUUUGUGUUCUUCAUUUUUGAAUUAGAAAUUGAAAUUGGGAACUGCUGACAGAUGGAAAAGAGUUCGAUCAGAUAAUAACAGGUGGAAAUAGAAGAAGAAAAAGAACGGUGAUUAGAGCAAGGUUGAAUCUUGAGAAGGUGUACUGUAGGUAGGCAUAAAUAAGGAUGAGAUUAUUAUUUAAUUGGGAAGAUUUUGAAAAUUUUUGGAAUUUGUAGUUUGAGGGAUACUGUAGAUUAUUUUACAUUGAAGUUGGUUUGUCAAAACCAUCUCGAGGCUUUCCACGUGGCACUGUCACCUUGAAUUCUGAAUUUUUCAAAUGAGUUUUGGAACACGUUUUUUUCGAAAUGUUUUCAAAAUUAUGAUUUUUCAGAAGAGAAAGCUCGUGCAAAACUGCUCCGAGAAAUGAACGAAAAAGUGACAAGCCUUGAUGGUGUCAAAAAAGAGCCACAACAAUCUCAACAACAACCAGAAUCUCAAAAAUCUCCGUCUGCAUCAUCUUCCGCUUCUGAUACCGCUUCUUCCGCGUCUUCUUCACAUUUUACUGCUUUGAUUGCACCAAAAGCAAUUAAACCAACACCAACAACAAUGAUGAUCAAGUCAGAAGUUGAGGAAGAACCAACUGAUUUGAGCCUGAAAACUUCGAUUCCAACUCCAUUUUUCAAUGUUUGCAGUGAAAUGCAGAAGAAAAUUGAGGAAGAUCAUAAAAUUCAUAUGCAGGUUGGUGAUUUUGAUGGCGGGAAUUUUUGGGUGGUAACACAUUUUGAGCCGAGAAGUUUUGGAGCCAGAAUUUUUAAUUUUCAAAGCUCCACUUAUUCAAAAUUAAAUCUUUAUUCCCUCUCCAUUCAAUAUUUUUCCAGAUUGCUCUAAUGCUUCUCCUUGAUCAACAACCCGCUCAAACAGUUGAUCGUCCCGGUUUCCGUUCUCUCAUCAAAUUCCUUCUUCCAUUUUAUCAACUUCCAUCUGGCGAUAUUUUCCAAAAUGCGAUUGUUCCACAACUUCUCAAUCAUAUGAAACAGCAAAUUGCUGGAAUUUUCCAAAGGUUCGUUUUGCUAUUUUUUUUUUGAAAAUGGCACCCUGUGGUGUGUGUGUUACAAUUUCGCCUCGUUGCACUAAUUUAUCAUUAUUUUUGGAAAGGGCGUCUGUUCUGUUGUGUUCUCCCGGCGCCUUUUUGAGGCUACUGGGUCACACCUGUUCCGGAAAAUAUAGGAAGGGGAGAGGAGCACAAGUUUUGAAAUUAUUACGGGUCAGGAUGAGAAAUUAGCACAAAGGGAGUGGGAAGGUUUUUUGUGGGAGUUGUCUUUGAAUUUGGGUAUUCAAAUUUUACCGUUGUUCAGACACUAUAUACUUUUUGUUUUAAGAAAUGCCUUUCUGAAAAAGUUCACUUUGGAAAAAAAUUCCCGGCUCAUCGAUCUUCAUCUCUUUGUUCACAAUGUCUCUUCCCAUUCACAUUUCCAAACAUAAAAACAAAAACAAAUCCAUCUAAUCCAAUUCCUGCCACCAAGACACAUUCCGAUUUCAUCACCCACCAUAUCCACAAAAAUACACGCAUAAAGGCAAUUUGUAACAUUUUCUUUUCUCGAUCUGCACUUUGUAUCGAAAAGAACACAUUUACAUUGAACGCGCGCGCGCCCCAAAAGAGUUAUGGCCUUUGUUCUCAUCUCGACAACAUCCCCCUUUUUUUCGUUGUUUUUUGACAAGAUAAAAUUUGUUUCAGUUCGACUACGGGACCUGUUUUGUCAUCAACAUCUCAACAACAACAACAACAAAAUCAGCAAGUAGCUCAGAAUUUGAAUGGACAACAUCAGAAUCAGAAUCAAGAACAGAAAGAGGAAGAAGAUGAAGAUAUGGAAGAAGAACAUGAGCAAGAAGAGGAAGAGGAGGAAGUUGAAAUAAUUGAAGAAGAGGAGGAUGAUACAGCUUCAUCUUCAUCUUCGACAGCACCUUCUACUGAACUCGACUCAUUUUUGAAUCAUAUUGGACAAGAUAGUUUUGGACAUGAUGAACUUCUUCCACUUCUAUCCGUCGUUUCAAAUAUUUUCCAUUAUUUUUCGACUCGCCCUCAAGUUCAGGCCAAUUUAUCAAUGAUUAUUCCCCCAUCCAGUGAUCCAACUUUAAUUCAACAAAUUCAAUUUGUAUUGCAAAAUCUUGAAGUAAUCUCUGGUUAUAUUCGACACACACCCGAUAUGCAUAUUUUGCCACUUAGUGUAACUCAGGAGACUUUGCUUCAAAAAGUUGAUGAGCAUUUAAGAUCGAUCUAG